AACUUGAAAUUUUGUUGAAUUUUCGGAAAUAAGGGUUUGCGGGUUUUGAUUAGUUGAGUGAGUUUGCCAUUUCAUCGACAAUUCUUGAUCUUUAACAUUGCCUUUUUUUGGCCAAUUUUACUUGUUUUGGAGUCAGUCUGCUGUUUUUUUGGCUUUUAUAUCUUUCUUGUGUUGAAUGAAGUGAUUUUGCCGCCGUAGCAGGGAGAUAGAAUUGUCAUAUUUGUACAUGAUUUUGCUACCAUAGUCUCGGUACAUGAUUAAGUUACAGCUCUCGCUGUCAUCUUUGUUUGAGAAACAGCUCUUGUUUGUUCCGUUGUUCUAAGAAUCACUAAGCUAGAUCUGCGAGGUGAAGAAGAGUUAUUUCAUAGUACUUCUGAAUUUGCGAUUAUCAGGUUUGUGGGUUUUUGGUUUCUGCUAGAGUAGCUUUUGGAGUAAAGCCAGGAGAGAGAAGGCAGCAUGCUAGGUUCUGGCAAUAACUCGAGCCGAGGAGUAGGGUCGUCAUCAGAUGUGCCACCGUUGCCUCAAUAUUUGCCACUGGAACCAAUUAGAUUAGGCAAUCAGAAAUAUACACGCUCGGGAGAGCUUAGAAGGGUUUUCGGUGUCCCUAGUAGAACCUCAGCAGAAGACAAUUCUUUUGCUCUUGCCCAUCCUAAACCUUCUCCUCCUGUUGCGACAGAGGAGCUCAAGCAUUUCAAAGAAAGCGUUCAGGAUACUUCUAGAGAAGCCGGGGAUCGAGCAAAGAAACUAGGCGAAUCCAUUUUCAAACUGGACAAGUAUGCAGAAGCAUUAACUUCAAAGAAACGGCGUUAUAGUGAUAUAUCACCUGGUGAGAGGAUGGACGCGUUGAACCAAGAUAAGGUGAGAAAUCAGAUACCAAGAACACAGGACAUUAUGGCUCAGAAAUCAGAUGAAAGAAAAAAGAUGCUUGGGUUGAACAAGCGGGCUCGGACGUCAGUGGCAGAUGUGCGGGGGGAUGUUAGGGUUUCUGCUCUUUCAAGACAGCAGGCAACAGAAAAGGAUUCUGAUUCUCUUCCAGGCAUCUCUGGAGAAACCAUGCGAAUUGAAGAGAAGAUACGCAGAUUGCCAGUUGGAGCUGAAGGAUGGGAGACAAAAAUGAAAAGGAAACGAUCUGUUGCGACUCUAGGUAACAGAGUUUUGAAUAGUGAUCAACUUGCCAUGCAGCCAAAGCCGACAGCUGACUCCAAGUUGCGUUCCUGUGACACCCAGAAUUACAGAUCCAAAACUUCUGGGGCGAGUGGAAUUAACAGACUAGAUACUUUUUUUGAGCCCCAUAGUCCAGUUGUCGGUUCAUUGUCCAGGAAUGAGUUGGAGACUGGUUCACUUGCAAGGGAUCGUUCAGCGAUUGCUGAGCAGAGGCUUAUGGCCAAGGGAAACAAGAGACAUUUGCAGGACGAUAACCUGACAAACAGUUCUAAUGCAAUGUUGAAAGGAAAAGCUUCUAGGGCUCCAAGAAUAGGUGCCAUUUUGGCUGCAGAACCUUCAUCCAGAGUUGAGCCCCCUUCCGGAGCUCUACAAGGUUCAUCUCCACAUGCAAUGGCUCAAUGGGUUGGCCAGAGACCGCAUAAAAAUUCUCGAACAAGAAGAACAAAUGUAGUUUCUCCUGUUAUGAAGCAUGCUGAAACCAAAAUCUCUUCUCAAGGCUUUUCAACAUCUGAUUUCAGUCCAAGAGCUUCCCCUGGAACCACUGGAUCAUUCUCAGUUGUUGAUAAUACCACUAUAAAGGUGAAAAGGGAGCUGAAGAAUGCUUCAUCGCCAUAUGGGUUAUGGGACAGUGAGGACUCUGGAGCUGGAGAUAACAAAGCGAGAGAGGAUGGUCUAGAGAGUGGUGAAGUGACCACAACUCAGAAAACAGGGUCACUGUUACUUCCUUUAAGAAAGAACAAGAUCCAUUCUGGUCAUAAUAGUACAUGGAAGCAAGGGAAAGGUGGAAGUGGUUCGUCUUUGACAACCCCUGGUUUUCAUCCUAUCACCAUUAAGACGGAGAAUCUCCCGGUAGAGAAGCCUAUUCCACAUGCAAAGAUUGCUUUAUAUAAAAAUAAAAGCAAAUCUGGGCGUCCACCUGCCAAAAAGCUUAAAGACCGUAAAGCUUCUACUCGUCUUGGCUCAAAUGCAAAUACUGUUUCAUCAGAUGUCACAGGUGAAUCUGAUGAUGAUCGUGAAGAUCUUUUUGCAGCUGCCAACUCUGCAUGUAAAGCAUCCAGUCAUACUUGUUCUGGAAAGUUCUGGAAGAAGAUGGAGUACAUCUUUGCUUCUGUCAGCUCAGACGACAUGCAAUACAUGAAGGAUCAGCUGAGUUUUGUGGAAGAACUUGAUGAAUCUCUAAGAGAGACAACAGCAAAUGGGUAUAAUAUCAUGGGUGUCUUGCUGCCGAAGGCUCCUCAGGGUCCUGGUGAUGAUACUGUCGACUUUUCGAAUCAAGCCUCAUCUAUUUCUGAUCUUUCAUUUGAAAGAUUGGACAUGAGAAAGCUGAAUGAGAGCAAUCCAUUGUAUAAGAGGGUGCUUUCUGCUUUAAUAGAAGAAGAUGAUGGAGAAGAAGUCGUACAAUUUGGCGAAGGGAAAAAUCUGUCACUUCAUUAUGCGAGUGAUGAUUCUCACUGCGGUUCAUGUACUUAUAUCGACACUGAGCCCAGAGAAAGGGACAGAAUGGAAUCUGAAGUAGAGUCAAAUGCCGAAUUUCAAACCCUGAAGAAUUGUUUGUUUGACAGGUUUUCUAGUGAUAGGAGCGUCAUGUCAAACUCUUUUAGAAAUGGAAGCAUGUCGGUUUCUGUCCAUAGCAACGAACAGUGGCUGGGAGACGAUGAUUUAUCGCAUUCCGAAGUUGCGGUCGGCAGUGAGAUAUGUUCAAAUAAUCAGAGUCAGCUACAACCUCGGGAAAUGAACGUUCCCGUCUUCCCAUUAUCUGAAGCGCAGUAUCAGCUCAUGUCUUUGGAUGAGCGUCUUCUUUUGGAACUACAGAGCAUUGGUGUAUACCCCGACGCAUUGCCUGAUCUAGCGGAAGAAACUAUCAGCACAAAUGUUCUGGAAUUGAAGGAAGUCGUUUAUCAGCAGAUCCGAAACAAGAACAAGAAGUUGGAGAAGAUAAAUACGUCAAUACAGAGGAGCAGAGAUGCUGAAAGAAGGAAAAUUGAGCAUCUUGCAAUGGACCAUCUUGUGGAAAUGGCUCACAGGAAAAGAGUGGCAAGCCGAGGCAGUAAAGCAUCGAAAGUCCGUAAGGUUUCAAGGCAAGUGGCACUGUCGUUCAUCAAGCGGACCGUUGCUCGGUGUCGGAAGUUCGAAGAGACUGGACGUAGCUGCUUUGCUGAUCCCGCCCUUCAGGACGUCUUGUUUUGUACUCCCUGUAAUGAUGCAAAAUCUUCGGACAAUGGCGGCUCGGGAACAGCCAGUAACACUUUGAACGAACCUUCUGAUCAUCAAGCCGAGGCAAGAGGAUCUGGGGCAGUGUCUAGUACAAAGAGGAGGGAAGUACUAAUCGAUGAUGUCGUUGGCUCUGCGUCAUCCAAGAUCACGACAAUGAGCCUAGACAGCGGCAGUAAGAGAAGCGAAAGGGACGUAGAACGGAAAAAAGACGGUCCUGGGAACAAAAUCAAGACCAAACCGAAUCAGAAGAACAGUAACCAACAAUCUGCAAGGACGACUCACCCGACGGGUCCAUCGGGCCGAGCCAACCCUCACCAUCAACCGCCUGUGGAAGACGAGGAGGCGCCUCUCGACUUCAACAACAUGGCGUUUCCCGAGCUGGAUUCGAUGGAAGAGCCAGCUGAUCUUGGUAACUGGUUCGAUGGCUUGCAGGAUAUAGAUACUAUGGGGCUUGAAAUCCCCAUGGAUGACCUCUCUGAUGUCAAGCUUCUUCUUUAGGUCCACUCACUGUCAAACAUUGAGAAUCCUUUUAUUAUGGUAUCAUUCUGCUAAAUCCUCAUCCCAAAAUUGUUGCCCUUUUGUUUUGGAUUUGUAAAUAAGCCCGAAUUAUUAGAGAUUAUUUGCUUUGAACAGUGAAUGAGGAAUGAGGCUUGACUGUGUAUAUAUGUGUGUGUGUGCGCGCCACCAUAUUCAAGAAUGGUUUUGCAGUGCA